CUCAGAGUUGCUGGGCAGCUAUCAAUGCUAUAACGUAAGCAACGAACACUGACCGCCCCACUCUUUAGCAGUUUAGUGGACCGUCUCUGAACUGUGAGGAUCCAGGUGUCGCGGGCUUCAGAAAAAUACAACAGCCUCGCGUUCUCAUCAGCCGAAGAUCGAGCAACCUAGGGGUCCUCUAGUUUCCUAUCGCCGAAGCACAUAAGGAGCCAGCGACAUUCUGGGGUUUUAAGUUGGCGUUUCCGGCCAAACUCGGGCCUAUAAGAGGCACAUUGUGGCUUUCGGAGCAACGUCCUUUCACAUUUCCAGCUAUCUCGACGAUGUACGGUUCACGUUGAUUCGACUCGACUGCUACCUCCGCGAAAUUCCUUCAGUCAUUUCCUUGACGAUCUAGAACUCCAUAAUCAUUAUGGCUCCGAUUGAUCACGCUCUAAAUGGAGCGCGCAGACAGCCGCAACUGCAUCUUGUAUCCAACGAAGAUUCCGUUUACGAGCAAGAUGUCCUUCGCGACCCUGGUAGUGUGAAGCCCUGGCUGGCAUACAUUGAGUUCAAAACACAUCACGGAACCAUCCUUGAGCAAACCUAUGUGAUGGAGCGAGCUUGCGCCCAAUUGCCGCGUUCGUACAAGCUAUGGAAACUGUAUCUCUCGUUUCGGGUUAAGCAUAUUGCCAAGUUGAAUCCAGCAUUAUUCGCCGCAGAAUAUCGCAAAGUCAACACCCUUUUCGAAAAGGCCCUCAAUCUACUACACAAGAUGCCACGGAUAUGGGAAAUGUACCUCAAGUUCCUGACGAAACAACCUCUUGUUACUCUCACCCGACGGACAUUCGACCGAGCUCUAAGAGCUCUUCCCAUUUCUCAGCACAAUCGUAUUUGGGCCUUCUAUCGCCCAUUUGCGAACUCAGCCGCUGGCGAAACUGCUGUGAAAAUUUGGCGGCGCUACAUGCAGGUGCAUCCUGAAGAUGCCGAGGACUUUAUCGAACUACUGACUCAAACGGGGCUCUACACAGAGGCCGCGCUGAAAUUUAUAGAUGUUCUUAACAACGCCAGGUUCAACAGCAAGCAUGGGAAAGGCCAUUAUGAACUCUGGAGCGAAAUGGUAGAUCUUAUUGUCGAACACGCCGCCGAAAUCGAGACAGGAUACGAAACUGGUAUUGACGCCGAACGUAUAAUCCGAAGUGGUAUCUCCAGAUUUGCGGAUCAAAGAGGGAAGCUGUGGUCAGGCCUCGCUACUUAUUGGAUCCGGAGAGGCAGCUUUGAACGGGCUCGCGAUGUCUUUGAAGAGGGGAUUACAACGGUCAUGACAGUGAGAGACUUCACCCUUAUCUUCGAGGCUUACACCGAAUUUGAAGAGUCUAUCAUCGGUGCUCUCAUGGAGGUUGCGUCUGCAAGGGCCGAGAAAGGGAUAGAAGACGAAAACGCGGACUUCGAGCUAGAUAUCAGAAUGAUGCGCUUCGAACAGCUCAUGGACAGGCGACCAUUCCUCCUAAACGAUGUCUUGCUACGCCAGAAUCCAAACAACGUUCCAGAGUGGGAAAAGAGAGUUGCCCUUUGGGGCGAUAACAAGAAGGAGGUUGCCAAGACGUACACGGACGCAAUUGCGGCAAUACAGCCAAAACGCGCUGUCGGAGCAUUUCAUCAGCUCUGGGCCAACUACGCAAAGUUUUAUGAACGCGGAGGUGACCUGAGAAACGCUCGGGUCAUCAUGGAGAAGGCGACCAAGGUGCCCUUCAAGUCAGUGGCAGAGCUUGCUGAUAUGUGGAUUGAAUGGGCAGAAAUGGAAUUACGAAAUGAGAACUUCGACGACGCCGUCCGGAUCAUGGCCAAAGCAGUUCAAGCACCAAAACGCUCCACUGUGGACUACUUCGAUGAGACUUUGUCACCGCAACAAAGAGUCCACAAGAGCUGGAAACUCUGGAGCUUCUACGUUGAUCUCGUUGAAAGUGUGUCGACUUUGGAUGAGACCAAAAAAGUGUACGAACGAAUCUUUGAGCUCCGAAUUGCAACACCUCAGACGGUUGUCAAUUAUGCCAAUUUGCUUGAGGAACACAAAUAUUAUGAGGAAUCGUUCAAGAUUUAUGAGCGCGGCUUAGAUCUAUUCAGCUAUCCCGUUGCUUUUGAGCUUUGGAACUUGUAUCUUACUAAGGCUGUUGAUCGGAAGAUCGGGAUAGAACGACUUCGCGAUCUAUUCGAGCAAGCCGUGGAAGAUUGCCCCCCGAAGUUCGCAAAGACGAUCUACCUCAUGUAUGGCAACUUGGAAGAGGAACGUGGCCUUGCCCGCCAUGCGAUGCGAAUUUACGAGCGGGCCACACGAGCAGUCGCGGACGAAGACCGGGCUGACAUGUUCAACUUCUAUAUCACCAAAUCUGCCUCCAAUUUCGGCCUGACGUCGACCAGACCAAUUUAUGAGAGGGCCAUCGCUGCUCUCCCAGAUGUCGAAGCUAAGGAUAUGUGCCUCAAAUUUGCGGACAUGGAGAAGAGGCUGGGUGAGAUUGACCGGGCUCGCGCUAUCUAUGGCCAUGCAUCGCAGUUCUGUGACCCUCGCACAAACCCUGACUUCUGGACAAAAUGGGAGCAGUUCGAAGUGCAGCACGGUAACGAAGAUACAUUCAAAGAAAUGUUACGUAUCAAGCGAAGUGUUCAGGCCCAAUACAACACGGACGUCAACUUUAUUGCAUCCCAAGCCCUUGCACGCAGCCAACGUCGUCCUGGAGGGGCAGACGAUGCCGAGAUAACGGAUGCCAUGGCGGCCCUGGAGAGGCAGUCCAGAGCACCGCAGGGGUUCGUAGCAGCCAGUACUGGUCCAGUUGGAAGCACACCAGCUGCCACGACAGUCACUUCAAAUCCCGACGCCAUUGAGAUCGAUGGCAUUGAUGAAUGAUGGGCAAUUCCAGGUGGAAUGUCUAAUUUAGGUUUUUCUUUGCAUAGUAGGGCGUGCAAGACGUUUGUUCAAGAUAACUAUUCCCUUAUGUUCCGUAUUUAAUUUCUUAUCUUACAGCUGUGAAUUCAACAAUCAUGAAACCAAACUCCUGCUACCUGACAACGCAACACUCGUUCCCGAUGCUUACUUGCUGCCGCUGCCCCAGUUCUUCUCGGUCAUUUUGGACCAGUACUUGUCCUGGUAAUUCCUGUCGACAUGACCAUCGCGGGAUCCAGGUGUAGCAUAGAUAGAUCCCUUACGUUUUUGGAAACGACUGGGGGGUACCUUUGACGCAUCUAAGCAUUUCUCAAUUAGCUGCCGAUGCACAAUUCUUUGACAAUGUAUUGUACGUACCCCAUUCAUCGCUCAUUCUCCGGUCUUGUGCGGCAUCGCUUGCUCUACGAUCCUGGGGGGGAGACCCAACAACAGGCGUUUCGUUCAGGGGCUGUGUGGUACACUCUUGGGUGUUAAUAGGUUGCUCCAUUGUUCAGUAUCUGGGCCGUGUAAAGAGCUUUUGGUGGCGAAGCAGGAAAGAAGAAAGAAAGAAUCUGAGUUCGAAUGUUUUGGGGUAUCUUCAAUUCUAGGUAGUUUGAUAGUUAAGGAAGAAGAUUUGGAAGCCAUCAGGUCAAGAUCGUUGGACAACGAGGUGUUUAUAUACUGCCUUGGGAAGUAUCGAAAGGAUAAAUAGGUACUAAGGUAAUGGAGGUGUCCAGGUAAUUACCCC